UUGCGCCGGACUAAACUCUUCUCUGCGCGUCUUGGGCAUUUGGAAAUUACAAUAAUCAAAGAAUAAUAGUAAUAAUCUCAUUUUAAUUCACAUGAGAGGACGGAGCUGACCUGACGCUAGAGUCGAGUGGACCCACAUCCUGACCUCAGCCUUGUCUAGUCGGUAGGGAAUGGCUGUGCGGUCCAGGACGGGAUACUACCGGCAGGAGAUAAACAGAACCGUGUGGGAGGUUCCGGAGAGGUACCGGGACCUGAAGCAGGUCGGAACAGGAGCUUAUGGGACUGUGUGUUCAGCAUGGGACCGCCGGAUGGGAAUGCAGGUGGCCAUAAAGAAACUUCAUCGGCCCUUCCAGUCCAAGCUUUUUGCCAAAAGGGCAUACAGAGAGUUGCGGCUCCUCAAGCACAUGAAGCACGAAAAUGUAAUUGGGCUGCUGGAUGUUUUCACAGCUGAAAUCUCAUUGGACCGUCUGCGUGACUUUUACCUGGUGAUGCCGUUCAUGGGCACUGACCUCGGCAAGCUGAUGAAGCUGGAGAGAUUAUCAGAGGACAGAGUGCAGUUCCUUGUCUAUCAGAUGCUGAGGGGACUCAAGUAUAUCCACUCUGCAGGGAUCAUCCACAGGGAUCUUAAACCUGGAAAUUUAGCCAUUAACCCAGACUGUGAGCUAAAGAUUCUUGAUUUUGGCCUGGCGAGGCAGGCCGACGCAGAAAUGACCGGCUAUGUCGUGACGCGCUGGUACCGAGCGCCCGAGGUUAUCCUCAACUGGAUGCACUACACACAAACUGUGGAUAUUUGGUCGGCAGGUUGUAUUAUGGCAGAGAUGCUGCUGGGAAAGCCGCUGUUCAAAGGAAAUGAUCACCUGGACCAGCUCAGAGAGAUCAUGAAGAUCACAGGAACUCCAGGUGCUGACUUUGUUGUGAAGCUACAGAGCCAAGAUGCCAAAAACUACAUUAGAAGUUUACCAAAAGUCCCAAAAAAAGACCUGCACUCAGUCUUCUCCAAAGCGAGCUCAAAUGCAGUGUGCAUCCUGGAAAAGAUGCUGCUCCUGGACCCCGAGCAGAGGGUGAGUGCUUCGGAGGCGCUCGAGCUGCCGUUCUUCAGCGAGUUCAGAGAUGUAGAGGAGGAAACUGAGGCGCUGCCUUAUGAUCAGACCAUGGACAACACGGACCUGCCGCUGGACCAGUGGAAGCGUCACACUUUCACAGAGAUACUGACCUUCAGGCCGCCCAGGGACUCCAGAGAGACGUCACUUUAAGACCACACACACUGCGCACACAUACACAGGAAAUUGCAUAUGCCCAAACAUACACAUCUGCACCCAAAAAUGUGAUUUUCUUGUUGAUUAUUUGUGUAGGA